AUGAGCUGGAAUCCUUUCAGUCGAUCUACACCCACUGCUCCUAAAAAGGCUGUUGUAACUAGAACUGCUCAGAGAGACUUUGAGAAAGAAGUAAAACGACUAGAUGAGCUAGAAGAACUGACGAGACGAUUUUAUAAAAAUGUGAAAAGAUUGACGGAGGCUAACAGUGCAUUAGCUAAAGCAGAGCGAAAGAUUGCACAGGACUUGCUCUCCACCAAUCUUUGCCAGACGGAAGAAAUAUUUCAACACCAGAUUGAGGAAUGGGACAAGGCUAUGAUUAAAAUGGACACACACAUGGCAGAAAGGAAUAUUGUAUUACAAAGAGCAGUUGUGGAUCCUUUGAAAAAAUAUGUCAGCAUAUUUCCAUUCUCUCAGGUGGCAAUAAAGAAACGGGAGCAGAGUUUACAGGAGUUCCAGAAGUGCCAGGACAAGGUGAGCAAAUAUGAAAAUGACAGAAGUGGUCAGAGUAUUGUCAAAGCAAAACUGACCAAAACAGCCUUGACUGCAGCACAGAACGAUUUCACCAGCCAGAAUGCAAGUUUGAUGGAGGAUAUUCCUAAAAUGAUUGACAGCCGCACAGAGUACUUUCAGCCUUCCCUCGAAGCUGAAAUUAAGUCACAGGUACAGUACACAACUGAGGCUGUCAAAGUCUAUGGGGAGCUGUCAAACCUGAUGAACGGGCACCGAGAACAUUCCAAACAUGAUUAUGCCUCUCAGAUCCAGCAAGCACUCAAUGAGCUCAAAGCCCUGUCCAUCACUGCUGACUAA